UUGUUUCAGCUGUAUUGCAUCGACAUGUAUGUCAAAAUAGAAAAACAACGUUUCACAUUCAUUAGGUUGAACCAAGCCAAACUGUCAUGCUAUAUAGAUUUAGGUGAAUUAAAGUAAAGUGUAGUUUAAUUACUAAUUCCGCGACCAAGACAAUCGAAUCUUUCCCGACAAAUCUGUAACGCAAGAGGGAUACGAAAAACUGCAAUGGAAAGGAAGACUAUGAAAUUGUGGUUUAUAUUUCCUAGAUGUCAUUUUCACCAGGGAACAGAUAAUUCUGCUGGUGACUACAAGUACAAUCCCCCAAAAGAUACAAAUUACUUACCUGCAGCUGCAUUACCACCGAUUUCUGCAUAUGGUCCCCCACCAGACUCUACCGGAGGAGGCUAUGAUUACCAUCCCCCCAAAGACAAUAGCUAUUUACCACCUGGAACGGCUUACGGUCAUCUACCAGUAUUUAAUUCGGAACAACCUCCAUAUUAUCAGCCAGUUCAUUCUAUUCCAUAUAAUUCACACAUAACAUUUUUAGAUAAAUUAAAAUCUAAAAUAAGUCUUUUUACCCUCGGAAAAAUAAUUUUAAAAUUAUUGAUUUUUAAGAAAAUAGUUAAAUUUAUUGGAAUAAUUUGUCUGCUAUUAGUAUUACCAAAAUUAAAAAGUGUAUUUGCGGAUAAUACAAGUAGUGAAUAUGAGGGCAUGAAUAGCAAAAACGUUGAGUCUGAUAAAGAAAAAUUGGAAAGGCAAAUUAAUGAGAUUUAUGAAUUUAUAACUAAAUCGCUUGAAGAUUUUGAAAAUGCAUAUACAUAAGUUUUAAAAUCCUAUUCUAAAAUGUCCAUGCUUAUAUUUCAUAAAGUAUUAUUUAUUUAUUAAAAAAUAUAUUUCAUAUGAAGCAAUAAUGGUAAAUGGUAAAAACUAAGAUAUAUAAAAUUUUAAGAAAUUAAAGUUACAAGCAAUCUUUUGGAAUUAAAUUCAAUUAGACUUUGCAUAAAUUCCUGUUAAAUUUCUUCGGACCGGCGCGUGCUGAGAGCUGAAAUCUGAACUAUAAGCAUAAGAGUUCUAAUCAGCUUCACUCUGAUCGAACAAGCAAGUUGGAUUUUUUUGCAGCUGUCGAACUUAUUUAAUAAAAAUAUUUAGAAAAAUUUCUCAAAAUUAAAUACAAAACAUUAUGUCUAUUUCCAGUAAAUGAAACAGCGGCCGAAAAAUAAUAAAUACAUAUAAAUAAAAAAUAAAAAAAGAAUUUUUAAUUGAUUAAAAUCAACAAGUAAGAAAGCUACAGUCGAGUGUACUCGACUGUGAGAUACCCGCUACCCAUUUUGAAUAAAA